GUGAUGGAAAUAUUCUGGAUCUCAACUGGGGUGGCGGUUACGAGGGUGUUUACAUUUGUCAAAACGCUUCCGACAGCAUCCUUCAGGGCUGUGCAUCUAUACUAUGUAAAUAUGCCUAAAACCAAAAAUUGGCUUCUGGAAGAAAGACGCCAGUAGGGGGAGCGCGAGAGCUGUAGCUCAAAGAGAGGUUUGUUUCAAGUUUUGAAUGCGAAAGGCAAGUUUCUGAACGCCACCAGAAGGAGGAAAUAAAGAUGAAGUUGCUUUUUAGAUUCUGGAAGCCCUUGGUCUGCCCCCCUCUUCCACCCUGCCCCCGUGUGCCAGGCUCCGAGCAUGACCCCCUUUAGCCCUCACAGCCAUCCAGUCGCGUCAGCUAGAUCGUCUGGUUAUCCCCACGUUGACCAAAGGAAACUGAGGCUCAGAGAAGGAGAGUCACCAGUCCAGAGUCACACAGCGUGGGGGGCCGACCUUGGACUCGAGCCCACACAGAAGGUCAUAUUGCUUAAGCCUCCACGCGUUGAUCCACAUAACCCCCUCCUUCUCGUUUCAUUUAUUUAUUCUUGUUUCUCCUCUAGUUAAUCCCCUCCACCACAUGGGCACCCGAUCUAACGUGCGAUCCUUUUGUUUGUAGGGGUCCCUUAAAAUGUGUCGUGUUGAGCACGCAUGGAUUGUUAGCGAUCCCGUUUUAUUUCGUACCUGUUUCACCCAGCAUUGUGUUCUUAAGAUCCACCCAUGAUGCUUUGUACACACCUAGGCAGUUGCAUCUCACGACUGGGGGGUCUCCAGGGUGGACAGUCACCAUCUGUCCCCUCCAGGAUCAUCCUCAUCCUUGCUCCCUGUGUGGGUGGCUCUGAGGAUGCCUUUGGGGUACAUCCACCCCAGUGCACAACUGCCAUCGCUUACUUCGCGGAAGAACCGCCAGCCUGUGUGCCCGAUGCUGACCCUGUCCGCUCUCCCCCAGGCAUCACCCGAGGGGUCCUGUGAGCGACCCCCACAUCCCCACCACGCCUUGGUCCACCCAGUUUUCCAAGGGUGGACCGCCAGCCUGAUGAGAGUGAUACCUCACUAUAGUUUCAUUUGAGGAGUCUGAGCAUCUCUCCAUACGCCGCUCAGUCAGUCAAUUACCUCUUCAUAUCCUUCGCUCAUUUUCCUUUUGGGGGAGCUGGUUUUUUGCCUGUUGAUUUGCCAGAGUUCCACGGACGGUCAGCUCUGCUGUAACACUUGUUGUGAAAUCUGAGAAUUUAUUCCAGUGCCCUUGAUCCGUUAGGGAACAAUUUGAGCAUCACGCAAAUUCCGCCUUUGCUUCAAAUCACAGUGACUUCAUCCACGAGAAGGACCACGGGAACCCAGAGACAUGCGCUCGGUUGAAACGAGCGUGUGAUCAUACGCAGAACACACAAGCACACACACCCUGCAGGUCCACCAAGCGCCUCAGUUCCCCACGUGUGUCAGGAGCCACACCCAUCCACUUUUGGUGCUAGAACUUUCUAUCAGAUUUCAGAUCACCCUCCUCCCACCACCUCACAGAAACUCACAAGGUGCACCCCUCCCUUCUGACACCCACUGCUACCAGCCAACCUUGGGUCUUUUUCGAGGAUGACACGCCACGGCAAGAACUGCACUGCGGGGGCUGUCUACACCUACCAUGAAAAGAAGAAGGACACAGCGGCCUCAGGCUACGGGACCCAGAACAUUCGACUGAGCCGGGAUGCCGUCAAGGAUUUUGACUGCUGCUGCCUCUCCCUGCAGCCCUGCCACGACCCCGUUGUCACCCCAGAUGGCUACCUGUAUGAGCGGGAGGCAAUCCUGGAAUACAUUUUGCACCAGAAGAAGGAGAUCGCCCGGCAGAUGAAGGUGACAGCGGCCUACGAGAAGCAGCGGGGUGCGCGGCGGGAGGAGCAGAAAGAGUUGCAGCGGGCGGCGGCGCAGGACCAGGUGCGGGGCUUCCUGGAGAAGGAGGCGUCCAUCGUGAGCCGGCCCCUCAACCCCUUCACGCCCAAGGCUACCACGGGCAACGGCCCAGAUGAUGCCCAACCCGGGCCCAGCGCGGGCCCCGCAGGAAAGGACAAGGACAAAGCGCUGCCCAGCUUCUGGAUCCCGUCGCUGACCCCCGAGGCCAAGGCCACCAAGCUGGAGAAGCCGUCGCGCACCGUGACCUGCCCCAUGUCGGGGAAGCCUCUGCGCAUGUCGGACCUGACGCCCGUGCGCUUCACGCCGCUCGACGGCUCCGUGGACCGCGUGGGGCUCAUCACACGCAGCGAGCGCUACGUGUGCGCCGUGACCCGCGACAGCCUGAGCAACGCCACGCCGUGCGCCGUGCUGCGGCCCUCUGGGGCCGUGGUCACCCUCGAGUGUGUGGAGAAGCUCAUUCGGAAGGACAUGGUGGACCCAGUGAACGGGGAGAAGCUCACGGACCGCGACAUCAUCGUGCUGCAGCGGGGCGGCACCGGCUUCGCAGGCUCUGGAGUGAAGCUGCAGGCCGAGAAGUCGAGGCCCGUGAUGCAGGCCUGAGUGCGGGACACCAAAUAAAGGGGCUGGGACACCACUGGCCGUGUGGCACCUUCCUUCGCUGCCCUGGGGCUCCGGGGGACACGGCGGACGAGGAGCCUAGCUCUGCAGGCUGCACUCCGGGGUGCGAGUUAGAAAGGGUGGGCAAAGCAUAUUUGAUGAGGUCUCAGGUUAAGAGUAAAAUCCGAAUUGAACGGCA